AAUCUGUCUGUGUUCACCUGCGGCUGCACCCCAUUCUACCAUGGCUGCACCUUCAUGUCCGUUUCACUGCACCUCUGCUGCAGCAAUCAAGCUCGGUCACUACUAUUCCCCGAUCCGACGUCGUUUUCACCUCUUUUCUUCUUUCACUUGCCACCGUAGUAGUUCCGGUCCGACGGAUAACAAACUUACUACGACGUCGCAUGGAACAAGCGUUAAACAGAAACAAUCACGCGAGCCGAAAUUCUUAGUUAAAUUACGAGAUGGCGAUUUCUCAAAUAGUGAAAAGGAGCCCGACUUAUCUAAAAAAGGCGUUAGUUUGCCGGAAAGUCGAAGCUUUGAACGGAAAGCGCUAUGGAGAAAGAUUUUAUUCGCAUCGGAGAAAGUGAGGAGCAUUCUCUUGCUCAAUGCCAUCACAAUAAUUUACGCUAGCAAUAUUCCUAUAGUGAAAGAAGUGGAAGCAUUUAUUGAUCCUGGCACAUUCACUAUUGUCAGAUUUGUUUUGUCUGCAAUUGCAUUUUCGCCAUUUGUUUUGAAAGCAAGAGAUGAUGUUCAAACCCGGAAUGCUGGGAUAGAAUUGGGAUUUUGGGUCAGCCUUGGCUACCUUAUGCAAGCCCUUGGAUUGCAGACAUCGGGUGCAGGACGGGCAUCUUUCCUCACAAUGUUCACUGUGAUUGUGGUUCCUUUGCUUGAUGGUAUCCUAGGAUCGAAGAUCCCUGCACGUACUUGGUUUGGAGCCCUCAUGUCUAUAGUAGGAGUUGGAAUGCUAGAAUCCAGUGGCUCACCUCCUUGUGUUGGGGACUUGUUGAAUUUCUUAAGUGCCGUAUUUUUUGGGGUUCACAUGCUAAGAACAGAACAUAUUUCUAGAGCUACUACCAAAGAGAACCUCUUACCUCUCCUCGGAUAUGAGGUAUGUGUGGUUGCUUUUUUAUCAACACUCUGGUAUGUCCUUGGAGUUUGUUCUGGUGGCACUCAAGCAUUAAACCCAUCAUCCUGGACAUGGGCAAAAUUUGCGGAUUGGAUGGUAGCAUUCCCAUGGGUACCUGCAAUUUAUACUGGUGUUGUCUCCACAGGAUUAUGUCUAUGGGUAGAGAUUGCGGCCAUGCGAGAUGUUUCAGCCACAGAAACUGCAAUAAUCUAUGGGUUGGAGCCGCUCUGGGGUGCUGCAUUUGCAUGGUUUCUUCUUGGAGAGAGAUGGGGUGUCAAUGGAUGGAUUGGAGCUGCUCUUGUUCUAGGUGGAAGCUUAACAGUACAGAUACAAGGAGCAUCGUCUUCCACUACAUCGCAAAAAGAUGAAAGAAGCAUCGAGAAAGGCGGCGAUCCACCAGAUAAGGAAAACAUGAUACACAACAGUUUUGUUGCCGCAUGCGCAAGAGAGAGUUUUAGUAUGGCCGCACUAGAUGGAGAUAUGACCAUUCAACUAAUUAUGUGACAUAAAUAGACAAAUACAGGCAUCAACAAAUUGGAAUAUUUAUAUUUUAGAUCUGAUCAACUGAUGUUCCUCUUUAUGUAGAUGAUGGCCAUGCAAUGAAAUGGCAUACUUGCCAUUGAAUUGAACAGUUUGGUUUUGAGCUUCAUGUCAUCUGUAGUUCGCCACUGCGCUGAUGUUUUGUUGAACCUAAACGCCGCCAAACCACAACCCCAAUUUGUGCUAACCUUCACCCAGUCUCCUUACCUUUACAGUGGGUCCACACUAUUUUUGUUAAAUUGGUAUUUACUCUUAUUUUGUUGAUAA